GCUUCCUGUCAGGGCAUGCGGAUUCGUGUCCACUCGGCCGUUGUUGGAUGACUUAGAUACACGCUUUGGUUUACAGUUGUACUAAUCGCGAACAUGUCUUUAAUGAAGCUUCGUGUUCCACAUCGUUUGUUAUCGCGAUGUGUUUGCUCUGUGUUCACCCGGACAGGUUACUUGUCAGUGCUCAGUCAGGCUUCCCUUCUCCACACACAAACUCCUCAACUGAACUCCAACAGGACGUCAGUGGUCCGCUGUGGCCGACAGAGAUAUGAGAGACUGUACCCUGUGAUGCUGGUCCGGCCUGAUGGAUCCACAGUCAGCAUCAGAUACAAAGAACCCCGACGUAUCCUUAUGAUGCCAGUCGAUCUGUCUACUCUGUCUGAAGAGGAUCGUCGAGCGCGACAGAAAAAGAGAGAAGUGAAGAAGACAACAAAACAGACAGCAGUUCACUAUGAAGGCGACUUCAAAGCUGACAAGUACAGCCACUUCUGGAAGAAGAAAUAACUUCUUUAUAUGUUUUAUUUGUAGCUUCCAUUUGUCCAUAUGCAUACAGUGUGUCUUACUGGAUUGUUUGCAUGCCAAGAAAGAUAUUCUUCCAAAAGAUCAAAUUGUGGGACACUGAAACCCAGACUAAUGUUAUUUUUAAUGGCAGGAUGUCUGACUGAAUACCACACAUAGCAGGGGGAACUCUGCUCUGUGUUUUACUUAUACUUUGGGGUUACUUCUCCAGAGACUUAAAUAACAAUAAAGUUGGAAACUGUAACAGUAUUUAGUUAAUUGUUUUAAAGCUGUGUAUUUGUGGUGACUUUUCAUAAAAGACAAACUUGCUGUUGGAUGCUAUACAAAUUCUGCUGUUGAAAAUUGACGAUGUCCUUGUUGGGCUGCAUAUAUGCCCUGGGUGACGAACCAUCAAAGAAGACAGAGGCAAUAUACUGCACUUGCUGCAGCAAGCAGGAGCUUUUCAUCUCUACUCUUGGAUGACAUGAUAAAUAAACUCUCCACUCAAAAAUAAGCUUUUUGAUUAACUCCUCCUAAGAGCAUUGACUUAACAGACUGAAUUAAUAAAGACUCUCUGUGCAUUG